AUGCCCUCCAUCGCAUCAACUCUCUCCUUGCUGGCCAUCGGGGCCAUCCAGGGCGCAUCGGCCUUGGACGCCGCCGGAUGGCGCACCCAGAGCAUCUACCAAGUCCUCACCGACCGCUAUGCCACUUCCGACGGCUCGACCCCCGCAUGCGACACGACCCAGGGCGUGUACUGCGGCGGCACCUGGAAGGGCAUCACCAAGAACCUGGACUACAUCCAGAACCUGGGCGCCACCGCCGUUUGGAUCUCGCCCAUCGUCAAGAACAUCGAAGGAAACAUCCCAGGGGCCGGCGAGGCCUACCACGGCUUCUGGACCCAGGACCUCUACUCGAUCAACACCCGCUUCGGCACCGAGGCCGACCUGUUGGAGCUCUCCAAUGCUAUCCACGCCCGCGGCAUGUACCUGAUGGUUGACAUCGCCCCCAAUCACGUGGGUCUCAACGCCCAGCCCGGCAAUUACUCCCAGUACAUCCCCUUCAACAAGCCCGAGUACUACCACAAGCAGUGCGGCAUCAACUGGAACAGCAUUCCGUCCAUCCAGGUCUGCUGGCUCUCGGGUCUGCCCGACCUGAGGACUGAGGACGCCUACAUCCGCAAGACCUAUGCCGACUGGAUCAGAGAACUUGUUCCAAAGUACUCCAUCGACGGCCUCCGCCUCGACACGGCUCUCGAGAUCGAGCCCUCGUUCUGGACCGAUGGCGGCUUCAGAGAAGCUGCCGGCGUCUACAUGAUGGGCGAGAUCAGCCACACGGACUUGAACGUGCUGGCCCCCUACCAGAAAGUCAUGGACGGUUUCUUGGACUACAGUGCCUACCACUGGUUCGCCGACGCCUUCUCCGUAGUCGACGGCGACCUAUCCGUGGUGUUCAAGGGAACCAACCAGAUGGCGAGCAUGCCUAGCAUCGAUCCUACCGUCUUGGGCUCCUUCGCCGAGAACCAGGACCAGGUCCGCUUCCCCCACCUGACCUCCGACAUUGCCCUGGCCAAGAACAUGUACGCCAUCACCAUGCUCCGCGACGGCAUCCCCAUCGUCUACUACGGCCAGGAGCAGCACUACGGCGGCGGCGCCACGCCCAACCAGCGCGAAGCCCUCUGGCUGGGCGGCUACGAUAUCCACUCGCCGCUGUACGGCUGGAUCCAGCAGACGAACAAGAUCCGGGUGCACGCCGCCCAGGCGAACCCCAACUUCUUGACCACGGACCGGAUACAGGCCGUCUUCUCUUACCACAGCACCGACAGCAGCCGCGUCAUCGCCUUCCGCAAGGGCCAGCUCUUCUCCAUGUACACCAAUGGCGGCGUCAACGCCAAGAACAACGUCAUGUUCGCCAUCGCCCGCAACGUCCACGAGUUCGCCAUCGGCGCCGAAGUCAUCGAUGUCCUGAACUGCGAGUCCUUCACCGUCGCCGACAAGGGACGCCUCUGGGUGCAGAUGCCCGCCGGGGGGCUGCCCCGCGUCUUCCUGCCCAAGGAGCAGACCGCCGGCCUCUGCAACGACAUCAGGGCGCCCCUGUCGAGCGCCACCGUCAAGGUCGGCGUGGACAAGAACACCGGGUACGUCAGCAAGCGGUCGCUGCCGUACGUGACGACGAUCCUGGAGUAG